GAACAUUUCAUGGAAGUGAUCAGAAACCAGGAAUUUGUUUUACUCCCAGCCAAUGAAAUUGCAAAGCUCUUGGCCAGUGACGACAUGAACAUUCCUAAUGAGGAGACAAUACUAAAUGCCCUUCUUACUUGGGUCCGGCACGAUUUGGAGCAGAGGCGGAAAGAUCUCAGUAAACUUUUGGCUUAUAUUAGGCUACCUCUCCUUGCGCCACAGGUGUGGCUGUAUUGGAAGGUCCCAUGUAUGCAGUAGGAGGGCAUGAUGGCUGGAGCUAUCUGAAUACAGUGGAGCGAUGGGACCCUCAAGCUCGCCAGUGGAAUUUUGUUGCCACUAUGUCCACCCCCAGGAGCACAGUAGGUGUGGCAGUACUAAGUGGAAAACUUUAUGCAGUUGGUGGUCGCGAUGGGAGUUCUUGUCUCAAGUCAGUAGAAUGCUUUGAUCCUCACACUAAUAAAUGGACACCGUGUGCCCAGAUGUCAAAAAGGAGAGGUGGCGUAGGAGUGACAACAUGGAACGGACUGCUGUAUGCUAUUGGAGGACACGAUGCUCCCACAUCCAACUUGACUUCCAGACUUUCAGACUGUGUGGAGAGAUAUGAUCCCAAAACAGACAUGUGGACUGCAGUGGCAUCCAUGAGCAUUAGCAGAGAUGCAGUGGGGGUCUGUUUACUUGGUGACAAACUGUAUGCUGUUGGGGGUUACGAUGGACAGACCUACCUGAACAUAGUGGAGGCUUAUGACCCCCAAACAAAUGAAUGGACCCAGGUUGCUCCACUGUGCCUAGGAAGAGCUGGAGCAUGUGUUGUGACUGUGAAGAUAUAACUUUAUGCUUUGUUCUCUAAAUGACGAUGCCCUCCCUCUCCCUUUAUUAAUAUAAGGGCAGUCCUAUCAGCGGAUUCAUUUUUAAUGAACAUUCGAUGCCACAUUCCUAGGCACAAAGUGCCUCAUUUCAAAAUGAAGAUGUUGAAACAAUGGAGGAAGGAAUGGAUGGACCAGGAUGAGAUACUUCGUUCGUCUCUUAGUAAACUAAAGCUGCAGCUAGCAGACUGAAACUAUACCUGUCUGAAAUGCAAUAUGAAGGCAAGUGCACUGCUCUACAACAAUCCAGCACUAACUGGGAACUUCAUCUAUUUUUAGUCAGGCACAUUUUAUUCACAUUGUCCAGAGUUAUUACAGUACAAACAUAUAAACUUCCAAAAUACUACUUUAUAAGUUUGUCAUAAUGAGCUUCCAUACUUUUUAUUAUUUAAUCAAACCACUAUUUUAAUGACAUACUAAAGACUAUGCUGUCUGGUUUUUUCAGGUACAAUGAUAUUAAAUAUGCUCUAGUUGUGAAUUUUAUUACUAAAAUUGGUUUAACCCAAGAAUAAAGAAAAACACUUAAAGCAUUAAAAAAAUAAGACUGACCAAAUAAAAACUUGAUAGGAUCUCUAGGUCCUACUUAAAUAGCCAUUCCAUCCCAUCUAGAUCCACGGAGAACUGUGUGAUAGGCUAUGACCGAAAUUAAAGCGGGAUGCUUUACAUUAAGAUAUGCAAGUUUAUGUAGAGAAAACAAAUACUAUAGACUCUAUAAUGUUCUUCCACCUAACUAGUAUUUAAUUAUGUGGAUUUCUUUUAUACUACAAAAGAUUGUUUGAGUUUGUCUUUUUGAUACUGAUGCAAUUGUUUGGCUGUUCUUACAUUCUGUCUGCUGCUGCCUGUUGUCUCACAUUUUGACCCAUUGUGUUAAGAACCUAUUGUGCUCCUUUGUAAUCAAAAAAUUGGGGGGGAUGCUAAUUGAAUAUUUGAAAAAUAAGUAUAAAGUGUUUGUUACUCAAAAUUUUAUACAUUUGUAAAUUCUAAUUACAUAUGUGAAUGUUAAUAGUCCCAGUGAAUUGUUUAUUGUUUGUAAAUGCCCCGGGCAGUAAUAUUGUAUGAAACUUUCUUUAAGGUAGAAGACAUUACCUUAAUAUAAAAUAGAUGUAAACUAAAGUCUGCUCUCUCAAA